AAUAAUGUAGCCCCUGCCGGCUGCAACAUUAUAUAAUUUAUCUUAUUUUUGCUUACAGCGAGAAACAACACCCACCUGAAGGUGUCCACUCAGUCUGUGGAGACUAACCACCCAGAGGACACGUGCCUGAUGGACAUGUCAUCCCAUCAGGAAGAGGAAGAGGUGGUGUCACAUGGACUGAAAGAAAACACCUGCCAGGUGACUUGCCAGAUGGAUGACACUGUGCUGAUGGGGGUUCAGCAGGGACAGCCAGCACCACCGUUACUGCUGGGGAACCUUGGAAGCAUCCAGAACAUUGUGCUGGGACAAAACACGUGGCUGGAUGAUGAGGUGAUGGACCACAGCCAGGCUCUGCUACGUAGACAGUACCCACAGGUUGGAGGUUUGUAUGCUGUCACCAGCCUGACACAGCUGACUUCCUUCAGCUCACCGGCUCAGGGAUUUGUACAGAUUCUUAAUGUGUUUGGCAAUCACUGGGUCACGGUAAGUAACAUAGGCUGUGAGGAAGGUACUUUAAAUGUGUAUGACUCUUUGGGAAUUAAUAAUAAGCAUGAUUUCUGUUCCCAGGUCGUAUCACUGCUGCAGUACAGUGGAAAGACAGUUUGGAUCGGGUGGCCACAUGUACAGCAGCAGCAGGGAUGGAGUGACUGUGGACUGUUUACCAUCGCAAACAGCCUCACACUCUGCAUGGGUGGAGAUCCAGGUAAGUUAUGUUAUGAUCAAAAGCAAAUGCGUGAUCAUCUUUUUUCUUGUUUUGUAGAUGGAUCUCUUACUCCUUUCCCGAGCUGUGAGAGAACCCCCCUCCCAGAGGUACAUUUCUGUGAUGUGGAGGUCUACUGCACAUGCAGGAGACCAUACAGGAUUGCACUGGAGCUGAUGGUGGAAUGCGGGAGGUGUGGCGAAUGGUUCCAUGACCAGUGUGAAGAUCUACAGCCAGAUGACCUCAUAAGUAUGGAGGAGUAUAUGUGCUGCAUUUGCAGAGUUACACACAUGGGUAAGUAUGGUAAGUAAAGGUGAAACAGAUUUAUUAUUUUGUUUUUUACUAUACGUUUUUCUGAACAUUUUAUACUAAGCAUUCCAGCUUAGUAUAUUAUACUAACACUAAAAUUUGGUAAUGCCUGUCAAACAACUUUACCAUAAUUUAUAGCUAUUUACAUAUGUACAGUAGGGCAUUGUUAAUAAGGCUCAUUGUCUUCAGUGUUUAUUUUUCAUGAGCACACAAACUACUUAUUUUGAAGACUUUUUUUUUUUCAGGAGACCCUGAUUCUGUAUUGAGACGUUUUUAUUUGGAGAAAUAUUGCAGAUGCUUUUGCACUUUCAUUUUUAAUUGGUAUGGUAGUCUUAGUUUCUGAGCUACUGAAUUACUGCCUGACUUGAGUAUUUCUGGGGCAGAGAUAUCAAAAGUAAACUGGAUGUCAGUUCUAACACCCACCUUGUUUAAUGUAGUUAUUGUGAACCAGCUGGGGAGGGGUUGAUUCAUUGUAUUUAAGUGAGAUUGUGCCAAAUAAGGUGGGUGUAACAUGAUAUAAAAGUACAGUAAAUGUAAUUCUGAAGUAAUAAACAACUUCACAUUUUACAUGUACAUGUAAUGCUUCAAUUUCAACGUGGUGAGGGGGCUUUUUACCAAAGCUGACCUACAGUAUAGCUUUUU